GCGCAGGUAGCCCGCGGCGGCGCGGUGCAUGCUGGGGCUCGUAGUCUCGGCGGAGCGGAGCGGAGAGCGGCGCGGUGCGCGGCCCGAGGCGACCGGCAUGGACAAGCUGAAGCGUGUGCUGAGGGGGCAGGACGCGGAGGAGCCGAGCGGCCUGGCCGAGGUUAUUGAUGCAACUUCAUUAAGUUGGGGCACCAGAGUUAAAGGCUUCGUUGCUUGUUUUGCAAUAGGAUGCCUGUGCUCUGUCUUGGGCAGUUGUCUGCUAUGGAUACCAAAGAAAGGAUUGAUUCUCUUUGCAGUGUUCUACACUCUGGGGAAUAUUGCAUCUAUUGGGAGCACUGCUUUCCUCAUGGGACCAAUGAGACAACUGAAAAAGAUGUUUGAGACUACUCGUUUGAUUGCUACUGUUGUUAUGCUAUUGUGCCUUGUACUAACGUUGUGUUCUGCUUUCUGGUGGCACAAUGCAGGACUGGCACUCCUUUUCUGCAUCUUGCAGUUUUUUGCCCUGGCAUGGUACAGCAUUUCCUUCAUACCAUUUGCAAGGGAUGCUGUGAAGAAAUGUGUUUCAGUCUGUCUGACCUAACAGGAAUACUGGAUGCUUCACGAAGUUCUCAGAAGUAUGCUAGAACUGUGUUAAGAUCACUGUGUAUGUGUUUUCCUACUUCUGUCUUAAACACGUGCCUUUUGGCUUAUUGUUGGAGGUUCCUUGUCUUAAAUCUAGUGUGUGCAGUUACUUGUUUUUGUAAGCAAUGAUGCCUGUAGGACAGGGUGCUCAUGUGAUUUAAAUGAAGUUCAGUCUGGCAGAAGAACUGGGCAGAAUUUGAUGUGAUAAUUCAUAUGUAAAAUCAUGCAUUUGUUUAUUUUUGCAAAAUUAGCACUGAAAGCAAUGGUAUGAAGUCUGUAAAGCAGAGUCCUUGAUUCUGGGGCUAAACCAAUUUGGAAGAUCUGGCUUUCAAGAAAGAGAUCAGUUGCCAACUGAUUUUCCUGCUGAGAACUUUUUUCUUUUUAAGGAACUUUCUGUCACUUAAUCUUUGCACUAUUUACCUUGGAUAAUGGAAUAUUGCUGUUCUGUCCUUUUUCUGCCUCUUGCAAAACUUUAGGUUUAUGAUACUGCUAAAAGGUUUAGUUCUAAAUGGAAAGACUGUUUUGGAGUGAGUAUUUAUGAAGUGUAUGCUUCUUCAAUUAAGUAUUUCACUUGUGGUUUAGAGUGACAGUGUUUCCUUAAAAUACGUGAAAGGGAUGCUUUCAUCUGCAAAAACUUGGUCCCGUGGGAGAAGCACUUGCAAAGUAAGGUAAAUAGAGAUUUUUCUAGCUGCCAGGAGCCAGAGUUCUUCAUCUUGCCUACAACUAACAGCAGUAUAGCACAAGGCAAGAAACUGAAAAUUUUCAGGUGAAGUGAGGUGCUUCUCUUCUCCCCUAGCUGUGGCAUAGGAGAAGUGCAAAACUGAGGAAGUAAUAUGUAAGCUAAGAAAGAAUGUCUCGUCUCAAAGGACAAACUUUUUGCUGAUAAGGUGGAAGUGAUAAGGUGUUAAGUCAGCAGAGCGUUGGGUAGGGAGAAGACAUCAUUCUUGUCUGAAUUUACAAAUAAGCUGAAACUCCAACACAUCUUUUUUUGUAAAUGGGUUCAGUUUUGUUUCUCCUAAAGCUCUCAAACAUGCUAGUGCAUUACUUCUGCUUUCAGGAGAAAGGACAACUUGCUAUGGCUGCCUUAGCAAAGAAAUCAUGUAACAAUCUAGGUGCCAGCUCCAAAUGAAUGCCAAACGUGCCUCUGGAUUAGGAUUACUUCAUACAGCCAAAUUUCAAGGCCAAUUUACAUUCUCUUAUUCUUCUGAGCUAGGUAUAAUCAUUUACCCCCAAACCACUGUGAUGGUUAAUUGUGUAAUGCCUGAGCUCCGAUUCCUACUUCUGUUAUGGGGGAUACUGAUUAACCUCUUAAACUCUAUCUUGCUGGAACCAAUGGCUAUGAAGAUGGUAAUCCCGUGGACUCUGUAUAUAAGCUGAUGUCUCUCUUUCCACAUCUACCUAGAGGUCUGUCACUUAAUGCAUGGCAUUUGCAUGGCAAGUGUGUCCCUGACUUGCAGCGCAAAGAAGAUUUUUAACCUAACAGAAGUCUGGAUCUACUUGGCAAAAAAAAAAAAAAAAGCACAGUGAAAACAAAUAAUUCUGUGGCUUCCAGAAAGUUACCAGAAACUGAGUUCAUUCAAAACCUUACGUUUAACUGUCCUUCUCUUAACUUAGAAAGUAUAGUACAUCUCACUGUCAGAAUCCUCUAGAAAAAACAUUCUUUUGAGGAUGUUAUGAAAGGGGAAUUUUAACAGGCUUUCUCUGGAUUGCAGCUGGCUAGUUGCUCUUACAAAGCCAUCUAGAACAAGAAAUGCCUUCUUCAAAAUAUGGCACCACUAUGUUGGGAAGAAUCAAUUACACAGGAUGCUGUUCCUCAAGUGCUCUGUGCUGGUGCUUUUAUUUCCUAGGAAUUGGAAGUUUGUAUCAAGAUCACUAGACUGAAUAUUACGUUCCUUGAAAGGAAGAACUGGUUAAAGGUUCAGGAGAGACUGGGAAUUGAGGAAUAGUGAUACUUCCUUUUUCUUGAGUCUGAUGUAAGGCAAGUCUCUGAACUGUGUGAUUUUCUUUUUUAGCACGGAGUUGAUUCAAAAUCUGUUUUUCUAUGGUUAAAGGACCCUGUGUUAGUCUUUUAUUAGGACUUUGAUAAGGUUUACAGAAGUCCCUUGUAUAAGGGCAACUAAAAUGAAUCUCUAAUGACUUUCACAUUCUAGUAUUUGUUUAUUUUUAGUAUCUCUGGGUGCUCCUUAGACUUCAAGUAUAGCAUACAAUAUUUCUCCUGUCCCUCUCCAGGAAAGUGCUGUUAACUUGGAUUAUCAUUCCAGGCUCAUCAGCAGUUGGCAUAAUGGAAUUUGACUUCUGGGAUUCUUUUUCCUGUACUUCAGAUCAGAAGGAGUAAAAGCUUUUUGCUUAUUUCUUGACCAGCUUGUACAGGGUUGUGGUACCCUGCCUGACUCUAGCAGUUCUCCAGCAAGAACACCAGAAUUGUGUAUGCUGAAUAUAACUCUUUCAAACAGCAUACUAGCUACCUGGAGCCUUUUAUAACUGUCAUGAGCACAACCACUUAGUUGAAAACUUAGGCUCUGGAACUACUUAGCUCACUGCCAGUAGAUAUUGGGUAAACUUGUGAUCUGUGGUAUGGAUGUUUGGUUUUUUUUUUCUUCCCUAUCCUUUCUAAAUCUAGAAUUCCAGCUCCACAACUCUUGAUUAAAUAAAAGAGGAGAAGAAAACUUUUUCUGACUUUAUAGCACAUGUGGCUAACUAAUAGUGCCCUUAAGGAAAGGGAAAUCAAAGGGAGAUGGCAAAGACAUAAAUGAUCAUCAGAGUGCCCGCAGGAUUUGUUGCCCUUUAGUGUUGUAAUCUUUUCUUGUGAAGGUCAAAUGGUAGGACAGGCUCACCAUAUUCUUGCCAGUAUGCGAAAAACACUCAGGGUUUGUCACUUCAUCUGUAAGUGAUUUCUUUUGAUUUAAAAUAACUCUUGUCUGUCAGAACAAAAGUUUUGCAGAUUCUUACUCACUUACCAGUAGUUGUGCUCAGAUUAUUGCCAAGUUUGACAGCAGAAGAUUCUUACAUCUUCUUGUUAAAAUACUUUAUGCUUUUAUUCUACUGCAUACUUAAUUAAGGAAUAAACUAGUAUAUAAAUAUUAGCCCAGUUUCAGUCUGAACUAGAUUAAACCAAAAAGGCACUGAUUUUUCUUUCUUUUUUUUUUUUUUUCUUUUUUGGUCACUAAAACAAACUUCAUGUUAACCAAAACCAAUGAUAUCAAAACUUAUCUGCUUGGCAGGAACUAUAGUGGGCAUUUCUUGAAGUCCUCCCUAGCUUUCUAUCUUAACAUUCCUCAAGGUAAAAAAAAAAAAAAAAAAAAUGCUUCUGUUGUGUAUGCUCUAUUGCAAAUACAGAAAAGUUUGUAUUUUAAAUGACUGCAGACAUACAGAUUGCAAGGCUUCCUCCUUCAUGAAGUUCUUGCUCAGCUGCCUAGAACACAUAGCUCAAGGCUGACUUUCCUAAAGAUACUUAUAUGGUGUUGGAUGCCCAUGUCAGUAGAUUUUAGUGCUCUCCUUUUUGAAAGCUUCAUUGCAGGUCAGCUUGCCUAUCUGCUGCUUUUUUUUUUUUUCUUUUCCUUUUUCUUGCAGUACAGGUAACACAACCUUAACCAAGCAGCCUUAGCAUACACUUAUAGUAUGAAAUGUGCAUAUUUGGGAUCAGGGGACUUUCCAGAUCAAGUAGAAAUGGAAACUGGGGAGGUGAGGUGGGGAUGAGGGAAUCUCUUCCCAAAGUACUGAGAUGCUAUGCAUGAGAAUGUGUGAGGGGAAUGUCAUCAUUUCAAGAUUUUGCUCUGGAUGAUAUGAUGAAGUCGCCUGUGAAUACUGGUGGUUCCACAGUGAUAAUGUGAACAAUCUGAUCUUGUUUAGUAUUUACAGUAAUAAGAUUGCUAAUGAGCUAUUGCAAAACCCAAAGAAGAGACUUCUGUACCAGGUUAAAACUAUUUUAAGAAAUCAUGUAAAAGAACAUGUUUUAGGUUUGAUGUGUGGGUAUUUAUUAUGCAGGUUUUGGGGGAGUCUGCAAUAGGAUGCCUUUCUGCUAGGUGCAGGAAGACAGGCCUGAGCUGAUCAUAACUUGUGGGUAGAUAGCAACAGUCCUGUGAGCAAAUACGCAGUCUGAAACUCAUGUUCUGGAAACUUGGACAUUUGGAGCCCAUACCCUUUUGCUGUGUGAUAAGAGAUUCAAAGAACCUCUGCUUGGCUUCUGAGAAUGGUUCUUGCUCAGUGUUGGUAUCUAAUUAUAUUAAUGAAGGUAAGAUCACUGUUGCUAUUGUAGGCUCUCAAAACUGAGGAGAAUGACACUUAAGCACGUUUGUCUCAAAUAUAGAUGUUUACAACCCUAGCAAAUACUGACCAUGUAGGAAGUAAGCACAGAAAUGGUUUACUUUCUUAAAACCUUGUGCCUCACUGGGUCAUGUGACCAAAACACUAAAUUUUUUUAGCAACUGUGGAAUUGUUUUGUAAAAUAAAAACCAAACUCUCAACAAUAUUUUAUAUGUUAGUUGAUUAUUUGCUGUUGUGCUUUUUCUAUGUAUUUACUCUGUUUGAUUUCUACUUUGAUAAACAUCUUUUUUCCUAACUUGCAACUUUCUCUGUAUUUAAGUUAAAUCUUUAGACUUAGGAAUGUUCAAUUUUUCAAUAAAGCUGUCAUUGCAUUAAA